AUGAAUAAGCUUAAGUUAAAACCGAAAAUUGAACUUUUUUGGUGGAGAAUUUGCAAAAAUGCCCUUCCGUUCAAUACUUUCCUGGUAAAUAGGAGAUUAAGCAAUUUUCCUGGUUGCCCGAGAGGUUGUGGAGUAGAUGAGGAUAACUGCCAUUUGGUUGGUAAUUAUUUCAAGAUCCAGAAUGUAGUAUCUUUAGUGAACAGCUUGGGUUUUUCAAUUCCGAUUUUUAACGGCUUUCUGGAUUGCCUGGAGUGCCUUCAAAGGCUUGUGGGAAAGAAUUCUCUUAGUGCAAAUAUUCUUUGUACUGCUGUUUAUCUUGUUUGGAAGAGUAGAUGUAAGGUGGUUCAUGGUGAUAAGGAUGAUUCGGAUAAUACUAUUUCUACGAAUGCUAUUUCAUUUGCUGUUAGAAGUAACUUUUUAAAUAUUCAACCAGAUAACUGGGAUGCUAAUCAACAAUUGCUGUUGUUUCCUUGGCAUCCUCCUCCACCCGGGUGGAUUAAAAUUAAUGUAGACGCAGCUCUGAAAAGGAAUAAUUUGGCUGGGAUUGGAAGUAUUUUGGAAGUGAAAACUCAACAAGCAUGGCUCUAA